AUGAGAAAUGAAGACUCGUUUCCCAUGUUUGUGGCGGACCUGUGCAAGCGCAAGGAGGUGCACCUGCACCUUCGGUCACCAGAAAACUCUAUAAGAGCUGCUGGCACCUCUGCUCAGACCAGAGACGCACGCAACCUGUUCGAUGAAAUGCGCAAGAGAUCUGGUGCUGUGCUGCUGUCUGCUGUGCGCUUUUUUCUUUUUUUAAUGAAGCCUAGCCAAAACGACAUCGUUUUGGACUAG